AUGCCGUUAAAACUGCUGCGCCGCCGCCGCAAACCCCCGGCAGGCCCAGAAAAAUCGCCGCCCUACAAAUUUGCCGCAUCGAUAAAGAAAAGAGCCAGGCCCAGCCGUAGCCAGCGCGGAGGGCGAAUUUGUCGGCCGCGAAAUCUGUCUGGGAUGGCUCCUCCCACUCCUCGAGAGGAGCUGGCCUUUCAGCCGGCGCCGCUGUGUAGGGGGGACGCGCUCGCUCGGAGAGUGCGCGGCAGUUCCACCCCUGAAUAUCCCCAGCCUGAUAAACGAUGGCCGCUAGUGUCACUUUUUCGAAAAUCUCUUAAGGGCAACGUGGUGCCGUUUGCUGAUUUAUGGCUGCCUAGCCGCGAGGCGCGCAGCUACGACGCCGGCGUGCAUCGCGGCGGUGGCGGCGGCAAGCACCACGACUCCGGCUCCGCAGCGGCCGGCGCCGCCGCCGCCUCCGGGGCGAACGCGCUGCGGUCCGCGCCGGCGCCCACCUCCAUAUUCGCCACCGAGAACUCUACCGUGGCGGUGGCGCAGGUGGGCGGCACGGCCACCCUGCCGUGCGUCGUGCGCAAAUUUGCCUCCGGAGUGGUGUCCUGGAUACGAAGGAAGGACUAUCACCUACUAACGGUUGGCCUAGCAACAUACAGCAGUGACAGUCGCUUCCAGAUUGUGCACGCUAGACACCUUCAGAGCUGGGCCUUGCAGAUAAAAUUCGUGCAACCACAGGACGCCGGCUGGUACGAAUGCCAAGUUUCCACGCAUCCGCCGACCAGCAUAUUUGUUGAACUGAAAGUCACAGAGGCGGUGGCAGAGAUCGCCGGAGCUCCGGACCUGCACCUGCGCAGCGGCAGUGAGCUGCGGCUGAUAUGCAAGCUGAGGCGGUCCACGGAGGCGCCCGAGUUCGUCUUCUGGUACCACGACGACCGCAUGAUCAACUUCGACGAGGACCGCGGCGUGGCUGUGAGCAAGGGGCGCGGCGGCAGCCAGCUGCUCAUCCCGAGGGCGGAGCGCACGGACUCCGGCAACUACACGUGCGCGCCCUCCAACGCGAGGGCCGCCAGCAUCACCGUGCACGUCAUCGAGGGCGAGAAGCCGGCGGCGAUGCAGCACGACAGCCGCAGCGCGUGCCCGCCCCCGGCCGCCGCCCCCGGGCUGGUGGUGGCGCUGCUGGCGCUGCUCUGCCUGUGGCCCUCGCUCGUGCUGGCCCCUGCCUGCGCGGUCCAGCCUGCGAGCAGCUGACGCCGCUGUCUGCUCUGCGUGCGCCGCGGGCCCCUGCUGUGACAGCAGGGCGGCCACCCGUGACACAACAGCUACUGUGCGCCAUCAGUGUCAAGCCAGUUCACCAGUGCUGAUUACACGUCUCAUGCCACUUGUCUAUGUGCAGGUGACUAGUGAUGACAUUUCAGGCGUGAAGACAAUGUAUGGACGUACAGAGAAUAUUUGGUGUUUGGGGCCUGGAGAUAUUUGUAUAUUGGUACUUUACCCAUCGACAGCGCCCAAAACUUACUGUAUACAGCAUUGAGUACAGGACUGUAUUAUUAUAUACAGUAAGUGAUAUUUUGUCACACGUCAGAUGGUCUACUUUCUGUAAAUUGUAUAGUUAAAUAAAGUAUU